CGGGCGGCCGAGCGGAGCCGAGCGCCGCCGAGCCGGGCCGAGCCGGGCCGAGCCGGGCCGGGCCGGGCCCAGGAGCGCGCGGGCUAUGCGGGCGGCAAGGCCGGGGUCGGCGGGCCCCUGAACCCCGCGCCCCAGACCAGCCAGGGAGCCCCGCGGCGGCCGCGCGCCCCAGCGGCCGGCCCGCCAUGGCCGGGGUCAGCUACGCGGCGCCCUGGUGGGUGAGCCUCCUGCACCGGCUGCCCCAUUUCAACCUGCGCUGGGAGACCACCAGCAGCCAGUUCCGGCCCGAGGACACCGACUACCAGCAGGCGCUGCUGCUGCUGGGGGCCGCCGCGCUGGCCUGCCUCGCCCUGGACCUCCUCUUCCUGCUCUUCUACUCCUUCUGGCUGUGCUGCCGGCGACGCAAGAGCGAGGAGCACCUGGACGCCGACUGCUGCUGCACCGCUUGGUGCGUCAUCAUCGCCACUCUGGUCUGCAGCGCCGGCAUCGCCGUGGGGUUCUACGGCAACGGGGAGACCAGCGACGGCAUCCACCGGGCCACCUACUCGCUCCGCCACGCCAACCGCACGGUGGCAGGGGUCCAGGACCGCGUGUGGGACACUGCAGCCGCCCUGAACCGCACGGCGGAGCCCAGCCUGCAGAGCCUGGAGCGGCAGCUGGCCUCCCGGCCAGAGCCCCUGCGGGCGGUCCAGCGGCUGCAGGGCCUGCUGGAGACGCUGCUCGGCCACACGGCUGCCCUCCCAUUUUGGAGGAACCCGGCUGUGUCGCUGGAGGCGCUGGCCGAGUGGGUGGACCUCUACGACUGGUACAGGUGGCUGAGCUACCUGGGCUUCCUGCUGCUCGACGUUGCCAUCUGCCUUCUGGUGCUCGUUGGCCUCAUCCGCAGCUCCAAGGGCAUCCUGGUGGGGGUCUGCCUGCUGGGGGUCCUGGCCCUGGUCAUCAGCUGGGGCACACUGGGCUUGGAGCUGGCUGUGUCUGUGGGCUCCAGUGACUUCUGUGUGGACCCCGACACCUAUGUGACCAGGAUGGUGGAGGAGCACUCGGUGCUGAGCGGGGACGUCCUGCAGUACUACCUGGCCUGCUCCCCGCGUGCCACCAACCCCUUCCAGCAGAAGCUGUCGGGCAGCCACAAGGCACUGGUGGAGAUGCAGGACGUUGUGGCCGAGCUCCUGAAGACCGUCCCGCGGGAGCUCCCGGCCACCAAGGAACCCCUGCUCCGUGUCCAGGAGGUGCUGAACAGCACGGAGGUGAACCUGCAGCACCUCACUGCCCUGGUGGACUGCCGGAGCCUGCACCUGGACUACGUGCAGGCCCUCACAGGCUUCUGCUAUGACGGUGUCGAGGGCCUCAUCUACCUGGCCCUCUUUUCCUUCGUCACAGCCCUCAUGUUCAGCUCCAUCGUCUGCAGCGUCCCGCACACCUGGCAGCAGAAGAGAGGCCCGGACGAGGAUGGGGAGGAGGAGGCUGGCCCGGGGCCGCGGCAGGCGCACGACAGCCUCUACCGCGUGCACAUGCCCAGCCUGUACAGCUGCGGGAGCAGCUACGGCAGUGAGGCCAGCAUCCCGGCCGCCGCGCACACUGUCAGCAACGCCCCGGUCACCGAGUACAUGAGCCAGAAUGCCAAUUUCCAGAACCCCCGCUGCGAGAACACCCCCCUUAUCGGGCGUGAGUCCCCGCCGCCUUCGCGCUAUCUGGCUGCCCUGGACUCUGGCAGCCACACGGGCUGGCAGUUUAAGCCCAUGGACAGUGCCUGAACGUUGUGGUGGCCGUGUCCUCAGAGUGACAGUACACCUCCAGCAUGAGAGCCAAGUACCUCGCCACAAGCCAGCCUCGCCCGGACCCCAGCAGCAGCGGGCACUAGACCGCCCGGCCGCCGCCCACCCCACGUGCCAAUCGCCCUGCUCCUCCCUGUGCCAGCCUUGCUGCUUACUCCCUGGUCCCCUGCCGGACCCUCCGCACGUACGCCAGGCCCGCUGCAGGCACCUCUGUGGCCACUCGCCCCCCUCCUCCCCUUCCUGCAGGGCCGUGGAGAUGCCUGGCGCAGUCCUGCUGGUGGAGACGGGGCCGGGGGCCCAAACCUUCUCCUCCAGGGUCAUGCACCUGGACACGUAGGGGUGCUGCUCCAAUACCUGGGCCCUCCAGCCCCUCCCGCCAUGCCCCUCGGCCCCCUGGAGUUGGGGAUUUGCAGAGCUCUGCUCUGGGCCAGGUGUGUGGUGCUGGUGCUGUCCCUGCCGCUCCCUCUGCAGCACGCUGUCCCCGCGGACCCCUGCAGUCUCCUGGGCUGGCACCCGCCUGCCCCUGCCGUCCCACAGCUCUGUUGCUUCUCCUGCACCCACCACGUCUCUGCACCUCACCUCUUGGUUCACAGGCAACGCAGCGUCAGUCUCUGCUGGGCGUCGAGGGCGGCCGUGGGCACCUGCCUGCUCGGCUCCCACGUGUGUGGGGACCACUCGCCUCCCUGCGGAUCCGUAGCCCUUCCUUCUCUUGCCCACCCUGCCCUGCCCCAGGGUCCUCUUUGGUCAGUUGCCUGAAGCCUCCUGGGGGGGCCCCACUUUCUCUCCUUCUCUCCCAGCUUUGCUCUCCCCCUCAGCGCCUGCCCUGCCCGUGGCACCCAGCCCUCCGUGGCGGCAGGAGACAGCAGGUGCCGUGCUGAGCCCAGGCUGCUUGCCCAGUGCUGGCCGCCUUCUUGGUGCCAAAACCCCUCCCCCACCCCAGAGACUUGGCAGCAUCUUCUGGUUCGUUUUUUGCACUAACCACACUUGUCAUCUCUAGGGCAGGUGGGGCUGCGGGCUGAGCGGCGCCCCAUUCUCUGUUCCCUUUCCAGGACAGGCACAGUGUCCCAGAGCUGGCCUUGGGGUGGACCCAAGCUGGCUGUGAAUGUGCCCUUGGCCCCUGCCACUCCUCUUGGGACUAACCACUAACCUCACUCCAGUCUCUGGGGCCCCAGCCAACCCAGAAUUGGAGAGUGUGACUCCAGGUCCAGGCUGGAGAUGAGGCCCCUGGUAGCCCAGUGGGAAUCAGGCUGGAGACUUGGGGUGCUGCUGGGAGGUGCCGUAGACCGAGAGGCAGCCUGAGGGCCUGGAGACCACUCCCUGGGCAGGCGCUGCCCUGAGGGGGACCGUGUCCUCAGGAAUGAAUGUCCCUUGGGCUGUAGGACUGAGGUCCCUGUGGCCUCGGUCUUCCUACCUGUGAAGUGGGAACAAGGCUUCCCCCAGGUGCUUUUGGCUCAGUGUACAAUGUUUGCUGUGUUUCCUGUGGGAAGGUGGGGACACCCUCAAAUCAAGACGGGAAGUCCCCUGCCUCUCCCAGCCCUGCCCAGCCAGCCUGAAAUGGAGGGGCCAAAUGUGGGCUCUGGCAGCUGUCAGGCCAGAGGCAGGAGGGGGCCACUUGGCAGCCACACGAGGGCCUAGGCUGGGGUUGCACAGGGGCAGGUGGGAGCUGGCCCAGCAGUUUACAGACACGGGGGCUCUUUCUUCCAGAGCAGCAGGGCAGUGCCCCUCUCCUGGGGUGGCCUGGGAGAGACCACCGUCCUUUCCUCUGUCAUCCCUUCUUUGUGUUGGUGUCUGGGACCAAAAGGGUGGGUGGGCUUGGGCCCGGCCAUAUCUACCCCCAUCCUGGGGCCUCCACCCUGGGAGGGGAGAGGAGUGAGUGGGCAAACAUGGGGGUGCCCCAGGAGGGCCUGUGGCCCUCAGCCUCCCGUCUGAGCCCUUGCACGUGGCCAAACCUCAUUGACGGGCUCCAGGCCCUCACUGUUCUGGGUUCCCCACAGCGCAGGGCGAAACCCACCUGCCCGGUUUUCUUCUGGGCUCCACCCCGGCGGAACAUUCCUGCCUAGGCCUCCAGGUGGGAGUUGCCGGCGGUGGUUGUUGGGGCGCCCGGAGCUCUGCCAUCGCUCAGAAGCACAAAAGGCCGCCCGGCCCGCGAGGCCUCGUAAAUGUGAAACGCCCGCAGCUCGGGAGCCGGGCGCUGCGGACCUGAGCCGCUCGGGCCCCCGUGCGUCGCGCGCGUGUGCCCGCCCGCCUGCGACUCCACCGGGUUCCUGCUUCUCACUGCGGCUGAAUAAAUGAAAAGGGGGGCAAUCAAAAGGUGCAAGGCCAAGGCCAAGCUCAGCCCCGGAGGGGGACUGCUUCCGCCGUUGGUUUUGUGUAGGCUCUUAAGUUUUCGGGCCCCCUUUCCUAACGAGCCCUGUUCGGGUGACCUCCCCACGUCCGCUCCCACCCUUCACCUGUGCGCCUUGCUCCCCGCGGGGCCCGCAGCAUCUGGGGGUGGUGUCCUUGACCACGUGGGUGGGAGGGAGCGACCCGGGGCCCCUGCUGGGCUAGGUGGGCCGAAGGGGCUCCAGCUGGCCGCUGGCGAUGGGAUUCCCUGUGCAGGGGCCCGCCCCCACCCUCCCUUCGCCUGGUGCGGCGGGGUCGUCAGAAGACUUGACCCUUCCCCCCCAGCAAGCCACACCCACCCCAUCUCACUAUGCAAUUCCAGUCCCAGCUCCAUCCCCACCCCCACCCCAGGGCCCCAGCACCGCCGGGAGUGGGGGUGUGGUCGGCAGCGCGGCUCAGCUCCGGACGAGUGGGAAGCAGGGCCUCUUGUGUGGGACAUUUUCGUUUAACCAUAAUGGUUGAGUGCCACACCACUUUAUAUUUGGUAUGUAUAGUAUCUCUCCCGAAGUAAUUCUGUUAAGACCCCCCCUCCCGGCCCUCGCGCCCGCCCCGCCCCAAGGUGAGCUGGCACCCGGGGAGGGGAGCGGAGCCUGAGGCUCGGCGUCCUCCCACCUCCGUGGGGCCACGGCUGUGUGUGCUGUCGCUGUGUCUUUUUUUUUUUUUUUAACGGGGUUUGGGGUUUGAUUUUUAUUUCUCUGGGGGCUUUAUUUUUCUUGGCAAAUACUAAAAAUCUCGUCAAUGUAAUUUCUGUGGUUUCUAUUCAGCUUGGGUUUCAUGUUUUAAAGUAAACAAAUUUUAAA